AUGAUGAUUUUAAUAUUCAUAUUCAUAUUAAUUAAUUCAAUAAAUAAAUCAUUUUCUCAAUUAGAUUCACUUCCUUAUUAUGCAAUACAAGAAAAAUUACCCAUAUCAACAUUAGUUGUCGAUUUAUCUAAAACUCAAAAUUUAACAUCAUCGGCUAAAUAUUCCUAUUUUGAUUUAACUCAAAUUGGUACAAGAUUAUUUUUAUUAAAUGAAUCGCGUAUCUUAACAUCGGUUAUACUUGAUCGUGAUCAAAUGUGUUUGAAACAGCAAUGUUCAUGUUUAUCAUGUCAAAUAAGUCUUGAGUUGAUCAUUAAACUACCAUUAAAUACACUUUAUGAAACGAUACAAAUUAGAAUUGUCGACUUAAAUGAUCAUGCGCCAAUAUUUGCACAUAAAAAUCAAACAAUUGAAAUCAAAGAAAAUGUACCGUUAGGUUAUCGUGUUGUUCUACCAAUUGCUACAGAUCAAGAUGAAGGUGUAAAUAGUGUUCAGUCAUAUAGCCUGGACGGUUUCAAUUCAUCUGAUUUUGAACUGGAUUAUUCGUCAUUGGAUAUGCCUUAUCUCGUUGUGAAACGUCGUCUUGAUCGUGAGACGAUAUCAUCGUACAAUCUCACACUAAUAGCAUCUGAUAAUGGCAAACCAUUACUCUCUGGUUCUACACAAUUAAAUAUUCAAAUUUCGGAUGUUAACGACAAUGUACCACAAUUCAAACAAUCCGUUUAUAAUAUUGAUGUCAAAGAAAACAUACCUGUUGGAUCAAUUCUUCUGAGAGUUGAAGCGACUGAUGCAGAUAUUGGUGAAAAUGGACUUAUUCGUUAUGAACUAUUAAAUGGCAACCAGUUACCAUUUAUAAUUGAUUCAUCAACAGGAGAAAUACGUAUCUUUUCAUCAUUAGAUUAUGAAACUGUCAAAUCAUAUCGUUUAACUGUAAAAGCUCAAGACGGCGGUCAAGAUUCAAUGCCAACGUAUGCUACGGUAGUUAUUCAAGUAUUGGAUUGUAAUGAUAAUCCACCUGAAAUUCAAAUAAAAGUAGAAGGUAAUACGACAUUGAAACAAUCGCGAAAUCCACAACGAACAAUCCUAUUCGUUCAAGAAAAUGUACUUAUUGGUACCACAUUAGCUCAUGUUAUUCUCUCAGACAAUGAUUCAUUUGUGAAUGGUAAUCCUUAUCUGCAAUUGAUCUCUGCUUCUCCUCCCGUUCCCUUUGUUCAUAAAUUACUAUAUGUUAGUGAUAUUAAAAAUACAAAAUUGUACGCGCUCGUUCUACAAUAUGCUCUGGAUCGAGAAACAAAAUCGUUGUACGAUGAUAUUGAAAUAGUCGCUCAUGAUUCUGGCACUCCAUCUCUUUCAACUAGUCUCCAAUUAACAUUGAAUGUUACUGAUGUAAAUGACUGUAUACCUACAUUUGAGAAGAAAAUAUAUGAGUUUAAUAUUAAUGAAAAUAAUCCAACAGACUUUUAUAUUGGGACAUUAAAAGCAAGUGAUUGUGAUUUGGGAAUGAAUGCAGAAUUAGAGUAUCAGACAGUCAAUGAUACAAAUGAUUUUCUAAAAAUAAAUUCAACAACAGGAGAGCUAUUCAUUAUGAAAACAAUAGAUUAUGAAUUAUUGAAUAAUACUAGAAAAAAUUCAACCAUUUAUGAAAUAGAAUUUACUGUGAAAGUGAUUGAUCAUGGACAGCCACCAUUGACAAGUGAAACGCGUGUCCUACUUUAUAUUCAUGACUUGAACGAUAAUGAACCAAUAUUUAAUUCUUCAAAUGAUUACAAUUGGAUUAUUAAAAUUCCAAAUUUAAAACAGCAUGAUGUCAUUGGUCAAGUACAGGCAACGGAUGCUGAUUGUGGUCUACAAGGACUAGUUCGCUAUAAUAUACGAUCAUUAUCUUUAGAAGAGGAAUGUCUUGUAGUUGGGAUAACUCAAUUUGGUUUCGUUUAUAUUGUCUCAUCUUCCUGUUUAUUUGAUCAACAAAGAUUAUUUCGUUAUCAAUUAAGAGCUUAUGAUCUAGGAAUACCUGUAUCGAAAUCAACUACUAAAACAUUAAAUAUCGUCGUUAGUCCAAAUUUAACAGUAGAAAUACCAUAUGCAUCAUUGGUACCUAAUGCCUUAUCCAUCGACAGGCAAGAAAAGGUUUUCGUGUCGACUGUUGUUGAUCUAACACAAACAUUUGUGAAUAAAGUUUCAUUUAUUCUGGAUGUGGACAAUAUGAACUACUCUCUACCGCAAAUAGGCGUCAAAAAUUCUUCAUCGUCUUAUUGGAACAUCACUUCAGAUGGACAAGUUUCAUUAAAUAGUCUACCAGUACCAAGUUCGACCACCUUUGACGUUCUCAAUUUUGUAACAAUUCCAUUCCACGUUCAUGUGAAUAUGCUCAACAAAGGCUAA